CGACUACCUGCGCCGGUUACAUAGACCUCCGUUUUAGGGGAUUUUUUUUCCCUCCCGAGGUGGCAGACAAGGGAAGGACUUGUCAGUUGGCAGAAAGGAGUCUGGCCACGUGCUGGAACACAAGUUAUGCUUUUCCCGUGGCUUUUCUGCUUCGGGGUUUUAAGCCCAGCCCUCCCUGGAACAAAUUCCCUGCCACCGAACGGACGGGGAGGCCUGGAAAGUCAGGGAAGCCAGCGGAGAUCUAGAGACCCUUCCAGUUACCAAGUGACUGUAACAGUAAUAGAGUUGGAAGGGACCUUGGAGGUCAUCUAGCCCAACCCUCUGCUCACGCAGGAGACCACUCCUCCCCUCUCAUAGUGUGGGUCUUGAUGGCACGUGACUCUGAAACAUCGGAUCUCUAGUUGGAUGUUCAGAAGCAUUUCCCCUCUGUUUAAAAUUGGCUAUACUUUUUUUUACAGAUUUGUUCUUUCUACUGUUGAGCCCAAUGUUCCUCUUGCCACUUCAGAAACUCUCUUUGAACUUGGCUUUGAGAAAUCAACAAAGAAGCAGAAUAAAGAACAGGUGCCUCCACCACCUGGACGCCAGCAGCAGAAAAAGCAAAACCCUGGAAAAAAUGCUAAGAAAGGGACAACUGGAGAUAGUGGACAGAACAAGCAAAUCAAAAACCGGACUCUGGAGGAUGCAUUGAAAGCACUGGAUUUAUCAGAACUCCAGAGAGAGCUUGAUAAAAGCUUGAACUUGUUCCCAGAGAACCCUUCCGUGUGGGUAAAAGAUCUAGCUGGAUAUUUGAACUACAAGCUGCAGGCCAUGAAGAGUGAGCCCACCCUCAGUCAGCACCCUCAUGACUAUCCCUACUGUCUGGUGAAUAAAGAACUAAGGAGCAUUAUCAAGUCCCUACUGUUGAAAGCUGGAGGUGUCCUGGAGCUUUUCUUGGACCAUUGUAUUUACACAAUGUUGCAAGAGUUGGACAAAACUCCUGGGGAGUCACUGCACAGCUAUAGGAUCUGCAUACAGGCUAUAUUACUGGACAAACCUAAAGUUGCUACAGCAAACUUGAGCAAGUAUCUUGAGCUGUUGAGAUCCCACCAGAAUCGACCAGCCAAAUGUCUCACCAUUAUGUGGGCCUUGGGGCAAGCUGGUUUUGCUGACCUUACAGAAGGGCUUAAAGUGUGGCUUGGCAUCAUGCUUCCGGUUCUGGGCAUCAAAUCUCUCUCUCCAUAUGCCAUCAGUUACUUGGAUCGGCUGCUGAUGAUACAUCCUAAUUUGACAAAAGGGUUUGGGAUGUUAGGGCCCAAAGACUUCUUCCCUCUUUUGGAUUUUGCGUUCAUGCCCAACAACUCUUUAUCCUCCAGUCUGCAGGAGCAGCUCCGGCAAUUGUAUCCCCGCCUGAAAGUGUUGGCCUUUGGCGCUAAUCCUGAAACUUCCCUGCAUACUUAUUUCCCUUCCUUCCUCUCCAGAACCAUGCCCAGCUGUCCCCAUGACAUGAAGAAAGAGCUUCUGAACUGUUUGACCCAGUGCCUCAAUCUUGAUCCUCUCAGUUUCAGUGUCUGGAGACAAUUAUACAUCAAACACCUCCCACAAUCAAGCUUGCUCCUGAAUCACUUUUUGGAGACCUGGGGCAACACUACCAAAAAGGUGCGAAAAUCUUUACAGGAGACAGUUCAUUCAUUCAGUGUCAUAAAUGAAGAGCUGGCUAUGAAAGGACCAAAUAAUGUUCAGGAUGUAGCAGCUUGUAGAGCUGCAUGCAAGAACCUGCUGCUCAAGAUGAAAGCCAGUGAGUUUCGUUGGCCAUGGCUGAUUUUAGUCCUCCUGAUAGUUACUGCUGGAUUUCUGACAUAUGAUAUCAAGACUCAUGGCUCCUUCCAAGCUUCUGCCUCUGCACAUGUCCUUCGUUCUUCUGGCAUCCUGUCUGCAACUGAGCAAGCCUGGGACAAAGUUUCCCAUUUCUCUAUAAAAGGUUACAGCUGGCUAGAAGCAAAUAUACCAAUCUACUACUCCCAAGUGGCAACAGUGCUCGGACCCAAUUUGGAGCUGGCCUGGACCAAGACAAAUGAAACUGCUAUCUACAUCUCUGGGAAGUGCUCUGCUCAUUUAGCCUGGCUCAGCAACAACCUCCUUAGGCUCAGUGAAUGGCUUCAGACACAGCUGCCAGAUUCUGUGCUGCAUGCUGUUGAGUACCUCAGAGAAUUACUGCUGUUCCUCAUGCGAAACUGCUUUCUGCCUGCUGUGGACUAUAUUGCUGUGUCAUUGGACGGAGCCUGGAAAAUGUGGUUAGCUUUCUGCAAUGGUGAAGGGUCCUGGACCUGCUUGAAAAUUCAUCUGACCAACCUCAUCCAAUCUUCUUGGACAUACCUGCAGGAUACAACUGUGGCCAUUAAGGACUGGGCUGUUUCCAUCAUCUCUAGGCACUAGCAGUGAUCCUAGCCUCAGAAGCUGAAAAUGAAAUUUAGGCUAUUGCUCUCUGGAUGGCUAAAGCAGGAUGUACCGAUUUGCUUAUUCUUUAGUCUGACCAUCAAAACAAAGAACAGCACAACUUUGACUUGUUGCAGAAGCCCAGAGCUUCCCAGACCAGAUGUCUCCAAGCUCCCAAUUUGCUGUGCUGUCAGGCUUGUUCUCAGCUGAGCUCCCAGGCAGCUGUUGGCAGGCUGUUUCCUUGAUAUGACUGCCCCAGGCUACAAUGGUAAUAACAGUCUUUAAGAGAGCAAGGUGUAUCCCAGUAAUGGUUUUGGAAAAGCACUUCCUCUUUCAGUAAUAUCUCAAAUAAAUUGGUUGCUGGGUCAGUGACUUCCUACCACUUUAUAUAUGGAGCUCUUCCUUUUAUUCUUACCUUUUAUCAUAAAUGUGCCCCCUGAAGUUUUGAGCCAGUCCUACAGUCUGGUUCUCAAAGUGAAUGCUACCUUAUUGGUUUACUUCCCAUCUUUAUUGGAUCUAAGAUAUUUCUGGUACAUUUCCCAAGGUUGUACUAUUGCCACUUCUCAUAGCAAUUAAUAUGUUGAUUUCUUUAUACCAAAAGCAAAGGGUCCUGGCCUUUCCCCCAAAAUGUGUUUGCCCUACUGUAUUGUGGAACAGAUUAUGCAAACUGGGAUGGGUACUUCGCUUUGGAAUACACAUCUACUGAUGUGGAGAGAGAGGGGCUUUUCUUCUCUUGGGAGCCACAUUCCUCUGAGAAUGUGUAGCAGUCUGAAAUGGAUGAAACUUUAGUAGUAGACCUAGAGAUGAACAUGGAUGGGCCAUUUGUUAUCUUUUUACAACACUUAACUUCUGGCUUUGUGUCUCUAUUCCCAUUCCCAAACAAGACAGAUUAUUCUUGCAAGAAAUCUGGAUGAGGUACAGUAAAUCAUUCAACUGUAAGCUGCCCUGAGCCUCCGGAAAAGGGUGGCAUAUAAAUCGAACCAAUAAAAUAAAUAAACUGAGGUCUGAAUUCUGAGCUGUAUGGAGGCUGAGGGCCAGAUAUUCCUCAUCUCCUGGUCUUAGUUGAAACUAAAAGAAGGGAUGGAUAAGCUAUGUCAGUCUCCCAGGCAGUCUAUGAGUGGCAUUUUAUUAUGCUCACUCCUUCUCCAAUGCUUUGUUUUGCUGUAGUCUCUUCAGCUGAAUCAGUGGCUUGGAAAUGCCAUUUUAGCUUUGAAGUAGGACCCAUCCUAUACACCCUACUCUGCCCUAAAUAUCUUGACGAGCCAUUGGUGCUCUUUCAGCUGAGAGGUUUGAUAUGUCUGUAUGUGUGAAAGUAUGCAAUGGGGAAAUAAUAGGUUAGAUAUUGGUUCUUUUUGGCCUGUUGCUCCUACCUACCAGUUGGUAUAUCUUUCCUGAACUGGUUAUCCUCUGGAUGUACUGAUACACACUUCCCAUUGUCUAGAAUAGAGGAGCAUCUUUUUUGGAUGAAGGGCCAAAGCCUUUGAGCCCUGAGUGGUGUUCCAAAAAAUACUCCAGACCAGGACAAAGAAGUGAUGCCACCAAGGCAAAGACACUGGUUUUAUUUAGCAAUACUUAAUAUGUCAGCUUGUAUAUUUAGUAACUUCAUUAUUUUUAAUGUGUUUUAGGGACUACAAUCCCCAAGGUUUCUGAGACCCAUGAAUCAAUUGGUUGUAUAUUCUAGUCUAAAUAUGUUGACUGGAGCUGUAAUCAAAUACCUUAUAUCUGGGAUGCACAAAGAAAAGCUGGUUGUGCAUUUAUACUUCAAUUGUAAAAGUGAGUCAGCUGUAAAAGUGAGUCCUGUGCAGCACCUAUCUCCCUUUAGCUCAGCAAGCUUAUAAUGGUGGACCUGGUCAUGACAAUUGUGUGAGGCUCUUGUCAUGUACAAUAAAGGACAGUGUAUUUGGUUACAUUACUUGCUUUCAUGUUUGUCUAUGCCAUCUGCCCCUUUCGAAAUGUCUUAUAAGUCUAUAUUAAAAUUUCUCACUGCCUUGACAUUCUUAUGAAAAGGGUAAAUUCUGGUAUCAGGCCAAAUAAAAGCUACAGUGUAAAGCA